CAAAGAAUAGAAUCAAAAAAAAUUAAUUUACUUUGUAAUAAAAAUAAAAAUUUAGAAGUAGAAAUGUCAUUUAUAACAUAUCCUCUCAAGGUUACUGGACCCAUUCCAAUAGAUGUCAUAUUUGAAUAGUUUAUAACCCAAAUAUAUGGUGAAGCAACAUGGUAACCUGUUAAAGGUCUUUUCACUAAAGUUAGUCAGCUUAGAGGCGAGUUUUUAUUUGAUUAGCACAAUCUCACAGUUGCUAAUGACCCUGCUACCUGUGCAAAACUUGUGGAAAAGCUCACCCUUUACUACAAGCAUCUUCUCUUCCUUCAAAACAAAUUUAGAUUCGAAUAUUAUUAACCUGGUGCAGUUAAUAUUCCUUUCUAAUGGAGCAAUUCUUUUGAUGCUAAGAAAUAAAUCGCAACUCCUAGUCUUGUUUUAGAAAAAGCUUGCAUUCUUUAUAACUUAACUAUCAUUUAUUACACUGAGGGUAAUAACUUAAUGUUUGGAAAUCCAGAAUAGAGAAAAGUUGCAACUCAAAAAUUCAGAUUUGGUUUAUGGUGUAUCUAGUAAAUUAAGUAAUUAGUUAUCAAUAUGGCUCCUGAAAUCAAGGCAAUCUUGACUGAUUUUUGUGAGGCUAAUUUAGAUAUUCUCUAUCACACCAUGCUAGGUAACUGCUAUGCUGUACUCUUCAAUAACCUUUUACCUCAAGAAGAUCAAAUCAAGGUUAAGAAUAUUGCUAGUUUAGCUGGUGAGGCAUCUCAAAACUAUACAAUUGCGUUGAGCAAGGUUAAUGGUAUUAUUCAAAGCGGAGAACAUAUCAUUCCUUAGGAUCAUCUCUAAAAAGUUAAGGCUUUCCUCUUCUUUAACACUGUUAAAUAUAUGGCUAUUGCAGGCUUAAAGAUGUCUAAGCAUCACAAAGACCUUCACGAAGAUAACUUGACUGCUGGACAUAUUGGCUGGGCUCUAGGAUAUGUGAAAAACAGUGUUAAUACUAUAACUAUAGCUUUGAAAAAUGAAGCCGCUAUGAAAUUCGUAGAAAAGUAGCAAUAGGAUUAAUUAUAGCAAAUUAGAGCUGAUUGUGAAAAAGAAUUCAAUGAAUUAAAUCAAAGAAAUUUAUAAAUUUACAAUUAAGAAGUUAUUGAUGAAAAGAAAUUACCCAGAACCACUUUGAUGGAGUAGCUAAUUAUAUAGCCAGCUGAACCAAAAGAAAUGCAAUAAAAUAUUGCUGUUGAUGAAAGUGCAUUUGCAAAUUUCGUUUCAGAAGAAACUUUACAAAUGGUAUAGGAAAUUAAGCAAUUCGCUCAAUAAAGGUGUAAUGAGGUUGAAAAUGUCUAAAAACAAAUCUUCGAUAUGAAAUAAAGCGCCUAUUUAGAGAAUUAUGUCAACUUUUUCAUUGAUUUAAUAAGUCAAAAGCAACAAUAGUAAAUUCCAUAAAAAGUAAACGACAAAAUUGCUAAAUUUAACAGUUAAGGAGGUACUAAAUAGCUUAAAAACUUCAUCUAAACUCUUAAGGAUAACAACAUCCAAUGUGGAAUGAUUAUCAACAAUGUCAGAUAAAAACUUGAAAAAGAAUAAAGUGAAGAUGAUACUUUCAGAAAAGAUUAUGGUGCUAAAUGGACUAGAGCUCAAUCUUCUACUUCAAACAAAGAAUAUUUGAAUGAAUUAAAGAACCUAGAAGAAAACUUCAAGAUUGCAACUAAUGUUGAUAUGGACACACAAUAAAGAUGGUAAUAGAAUCUAGAAGUAGCAGAAUUAAUGGAGAAACCUCCUGCUGAAUAUACCAAAUAUUUCGUCUCUGGCUCUUCUGAGGACAGCUUCAAAUAAUAGAAUUUAUAACUACUCUAAUAGCUUGAAAAUACAGACACCCAAAUCAACUCUGAUAUGACUGCUAUUAAAGAUUCUAUUCAAAAUAUCAACAAUUCCAUUAGAAAUACAAAUUUCUAAGGAGAAGUUAGCAAGGUACUUCAACAAAAAGUUCCUAAAGACAAGGUAUUAGAAACUGUUCUAUAACCUGUUUCUUUGUAAAUCACAGCUCUUAAUGAUAUGAUUGCUCAUUAUAGCAAUAAAGUUAGCGAAGCUUGCAAUCUUGCUAUCGAACUAUAAUAAAAGAGAAAUUAAAAAGGAGGAAAUUAAAGUGGAAAUAUGUAAUAAUCAGAAAAAUAUUCAGGUGGUCUCACUACUUUAGUUGAAUUAUUUGAUGAUUGCUAAUAGGGAAUGAAAUUCUAUGGUGAUCUACUUGGCUUACUUCUUGACUUAGACAAGAAGGUUUCUGAUUUUAUCUCUGCACGUGAAAUUGAAAAGAAUAAUUUAAUUUAAAUGAUCCAUAACGAAUAAUCAAAAGUAAAUAUGAAUUAAGGAGGAUUUAAUGCUUAAUAUGUAUAACCUUAAGCACCUCCUACCAAUUACUUUUAUGGAUAAUAGAAUAACCCUUACAACUAAUAUCCUCCUUAAAAUUAGUAUCCUCCAAGCUAGUACCCUCCUUAGAAUUAUGGUGCUCCCUAUCAAAACCACCCAUACCAAUAGCACUAAUAAUAAUAGUAAAUGCCUCAAUAGUCUAAUCCUUUCUACAACAAUGGAUAAUUCAACUAAGGCUAAUCUGUUUUCAUUCCAAAGAAAUGA